CGGGUUCAGCACGGCGCUGGCCGCGGUCUGACAGGAACGGGACGGAGCCAAGAUGGCGGCGGCGGACGGCGACGACUCGCUUUACCCCAUCGCGGUGCUGAUAGACGAGCUCCGCAACGAGGAUGUUCAGCUUCGCCUCAACAGCAUCAAGAAACUGUCCACCAUCGCCUUGGCCCUUGGGGUGGAAAGGACCCGCAGUGAGCUUUUGCCCUUCCUGACAGACACCAUCUACGAUGAGGAUGAGGUCCUCUUGGCCCUGGCGGAACAGCUGGGCACCUUCACCACUCUGGUGGGAGGCCCCGAGUACGUGCACUGCCUGCUGCCGCCCCUGGAGUCGCUGGCCACGGUGGAGGAGACAGUGGUGCGGGACAAAGCGGUGGAGUCUUUGCGGGCCAUCUCACAUGAACACUCGCCCUCUGACCUCGAGGCCCACUUCGUGCCGCUGGUGAAGCGGCUGGCGGGUGGUGACUGGUUCACCUCCCGCACCUCAGCGUGUGGCCUCUUCUCUGUCUGCUACCCCCGUGUGUCCAGCGCCGUCAAGGCAGAACUUCGACAGUACUUCCGGAACCUGUGCUCAGAUGACACCCCCAUGGUGCGGCGGGCCGCAGCCUCCAAGCUGGGGGAGUUUGCCAAGGUGCUGGAGCUGGACAACGUCAAGAGUGAGAUCAUCCCCAUGUUUUCCAACCUGGCCUCUGACGAGCAGGACUCGGUGCGGCUGCUGGCGGUAGAGGCGUGUGUGAACAUCGCCCAGCUCCUGCCCCAGGAGGAUCUGGAGGCCCUGGUGAUGCCCACCCUGCGCCAGGCUGCCGAGGACAAGUCCUGGCGUGUCCGGUACAUGGUGGCCGACAAGUUCACAGAGCUCCAGAAAGCAGUGGGGCCUGAGAUCACCAAGACAGACCUGGUCCCCGCCUUCCAGAACCUGAUGAAAGACUGUGAGGCCGAGGUGAGGGCCGCAGCCUCCCACAAGGUCAAAGAAUUCUGUGAAAAUCUCUCAGCCGACUGUCGGGAGAAUGUGAUCAUGACACAGAUACUACCCUGCAUCAAGGAGCUGGUGUCAGAUGCCAACCAACACGUGAAGUCAGCCUUGGCCUCCGUCAUCAUGGGCCUCUCCCCCAUCCUGGGCAAAGACAAUACCAUUGAGCACCUCUUGCCCCUCUUCCUGGCUCAGCUGAAGGAUGAGGAUUUGGGCAAAGAUGCCGUAAUAAAGACCCCCAAAUACAGUGGCUUAUGUAAGAUAAUUUUCUUACAACAGUUCAGAGCUAGGUGGGUCCUAUAUGAGGGGUUACCUCUGCUGACCUCCACACUCUCUGGGUCUGAGGCAGCUGCUCCAAUCUUCACCAUCCCCAGCCAGGAUGAAGGCAGAAGGGUCUCGAGGAGCAUUUUGCUUCUUGGCAUCAAAGGGAGCUCCACAUUCAGCUUGCGUGUGAAGGGGCAUAUACUCGAUGAUGGCCAGCCGCACCCGCCACUUGGCAUCUUCGGCCAGCUCCACGAUGGCGGGCAGCAGGGACUGGGACAGCUGUCGGAUGCCAAUGACCUCGUUCACGCAGUCCAGGUGCUGUCUGAGGUCUGUGGGCAGGACAUUACCACCAAGCACAUGCUGCCUACAGUUCUGCGUAUGGCUGGGGAUCCUGUCGCCAAUGUCCGCUUCAAUGUGGCCAAGUCCCUACAGAAGAUAGGGCCUAUCCUGGACAACAGCACACUGCAGAGUGAAGUCAAGCCCAUCCUAGAGAAGCUGACCCAGGACCAGGAUGUGGAUGUCAAGUACUUCGCCCAGGAGGCUCUAACUGUUCUGUCUCUCGCCUGAUGCUGGAAGAGGAGCCGACGCCGGCCUCUGGUGUUCACCCUCCCCCCCCAGGUCCCUCCCUCAGGGAGACGGUGGGGGGCCUUUGGCUGUCACUCCCUGUGCAUGGUCUGACCCCAGGCCCCUUCCCUCAGCACGGUUCUUCCUCUCCCCAGCCUGGGAAUCCGACUUCUUGCUGUCCACCUCCCGAGGGGCUUGGGGAGCACAAGGUGGGACAGGGCAGUGACCCUGGGAGGAAGGGGCCACUUCCAUCCGCAGAGAUGUGAGUGUCCAGGGUCACUGGCUCCAGCUGCUGUAAUGGGGACCCCCUACCCCAUCUUCUCCACCUCCUUUCUCCCUUCCUCCCUUCCUC